AUGGCAGUUGAAAAUUUCGUUUCAAAGACACUGGAGCUUCUGCAGGAAGAGAGGGAGGCUGAAAUAGAGGAAACAAGAGUGUGGAAGGAGAACAUCUCACUUAAAGAGCUUCAAAACAAAGGAGUGUGUCUGUUAAAACUUCACGUAGGAAGUCAAUCCACAGGCCUGUAUGGUCGCACAGUUGUUGUCCUUGAACCAAGGAAGUAUCUCGGCUUUUCUUCUCUUCCUAGCAAUAGCUUUGGACCUGGGGACAUAGUUGGAUUGUAUGACUCUGGUGGAUGCAGUGCGACGUCACAGAUCAGCACGGGUAUCGUGACGCGAUGCAGCCAGGCCUCGAUAAGUGUGGCUUUUGACGAAUCAAAGGAUGGGCUCAGUUUUGAUACAGAUGCUUUGUACAGCCUCUUAAAGUUGGCAAAUGAUGUGACUUAUAAACGAAUGAAAAGGGCUUUAAAUGCCUUAAAUGGAUACAACAAUGGACCGUCUGCCGAUCUGAUCAAUGUUCUCUUUGGAGAAGCCAAACCGUCUUCUAAUUCUCAACCAUGUGAUGUCAAAUUCUUUAACUCCAAUCUGGAUGAUUCCCAGAGAGAAGCAGUGACUUUUGCUCUGUCUCAGAGAGAACUAGCAGUGAUUCAUGGUCCUCCAGGCACCGGGAAAACUACCACGGUAGUGGAGAUCGUUCUGCAAGCUAUCAAACAAGGCCAAAAGGUUUUAUGCUGCGCCCCAUCGAAUGUGGCACUGGAUAAUUUAGUGGAGAGAUUAGCCCGGUGCAAGGCCAAGGUUCUAAGGCUCGGUCAUCCUGCUAGACUGCUGGACUCUAUCCAAAAACAUUCACUGGAUGCCAUCCUUGCCAAGAGUGACAACGCCAACAUCAUCGCUGACAUCCGCAGAGACAUUGACAAUGCUUUUCUGGGAAUGAAGAAAAACAAUGAAAAAGGAGAGCGGGGGAACCACAAGAGAGAAAUAGGCGAACUAAGAAAAGAGCUGAAAACAAGGGAAGCGACAGCCAUCACCCAGAUACUUAAAAGUGCCGAUGUCGUCUUAGCGACAAACACGGGCGCAAGUGACGACGGGCCUCUGAAGUUCCUGCCGGCCGAGCAUUUCGAUUGGGUUGUGAUUGACGAGUGUGCCCAGUCGCUGGAGAGUAGCUGCUGGAUUGGCCUGCUCCGAGCACGCAAGUGCAUUCUGUCUGGAGACUACAAGCAGUUACCACCUACUAUUAAAUCCCACGUGGCUGCUUCAAAAGGCUUGUCUCUUAGUCUUAUGGAGCGACUCAUCCAGAUGUACGGUGACUCAGUUGUGCGAAUGCUAACUGUCCAGUAUCGCAUGAAUAGUGCUAUCAUGGAAUGGGCCUCCAAAGAGAUGUACCAAGGAAGAUUGACAGCACACAGCUCAGUGCAAGCACACUUGUUAAAAGAUCUCCCUGGGGUCACAUGUGUUGAGGAAACAAGCACAGCUCUUCUUCUCAUCGACACAGCUGGCUGCGGACUGAUGGAAAUGGAGGUGGCAGAUGAGCAAUCCAAAGGCAACCAAGGGGAGGUUGACAUUGUAGAUCUGCAUAUUAAAGCCUUGACUGAAGCUGGGGUGAAAGCUAAAGACAUUGCUGUUAUUGCUCCUUACAAUUUGCAAGUUGACCUCCUGCGUCAGAAACUUUCUACAAGACAUCCAGAGCUGGAAAUCAAAUCUGUGGAUGGCUUUCAAGGCAGAGAAAAAGAGGCAGUGGUUUUGUCUUUGGUCCGGUCCAAUCGGAAAGGUGAAGUUGGAUUUCUGGCAGAGGACAGAAGAAUAAACGUUGCUGUCACACGCGCGAGACGUCACGUCGCCAUUGUGUGUGACACCCAGACUGUUCAGACUCAUUCUUUCCUCAAGACGCUGGUCAAUCAUAUCACUGAUUGUGGAGAGGUCCGAACAGCAUUUGAGUACUUACAAGACAUUGUACCGCAGAAUUACGUCCGUGACCACAAAGACACGAGACCUGACAACGAGAACGCGCAGAAAGUUGAAAGAAAAAAAGAAAGAAAGAAGAAAUCAAGUGGAACUAGCAGUAAAAAUAGCAACCAACAUAACAAUCCAAUGAAGUCACGUGUAUCAACGUUAAACGAGGAGGAACAGAAAAAAAAACGGGAAAGUGAGAUAAGAAAAAUGGUGGAAAACUUCCUUAAGAACCUCACUCAGAUGGAACUACAGUUUCCAGCGUCAUUCAACUCCCAUGACCGCCUGCUAGUGCACCAAAUCGCCGAAGAGCUGGGCCUCACGCACCAGAGUAAAGGUGAGGGGACAGAGAGAUGUAUCACUGUAUCAAGACCGGAGCAACCAAAACCACGAGAGGAGGAGGAAAGAAAAAAAAAUGACAAAGAGGGAACUUCCCAGGAGAAGGAUGUUCCUCAACAACCCCCGAAAGAGUUAUCACUAGAAAAUCCAUUGGAUUUAAAAAGUUUACAUUUAGAGCGGAUGCAGAGGGAACAGCAGAAAAGGGAAGAAAAUGCUCAACAAAAGAAGCAGCAAAAGAUCUCUGUUUCUACAAAUAAAUCCACUGUCACAAAAGGAAAGAAGCGAACCAAAGCUGGUGCAUGUGAAAUUGCAGCAGCUGCUUCUCCGAGCGACGACUUUGACGCCCUCAUCAACGCCGUGGUGAAGGCUGAGAGUGUGUGCAGUUUUGUCAAGUGUAAAGCUUCCGUGUUAACUCUCGGCCAGCUCUGUCUUUUCUGCAACAGGCAAUAUUGUCUCAGUCACCACAUACCAGAGGUUCACGGCUGUGGCGACAAAGCCAAGACACACGCGCGAAUGAGAAUAAGCAAGGAGGGGGUUCUUUACGCCGGCAGCGGGACAAAGGAUAAAUCAAUGGACCCUAACAAGAAAGCCUAUCUACACAGGAAACUGGACUCUAAACUUAAAGAUAUGGCAACACAGAGGAAAACAAAAAACAAAGACAUGGAUGGUUAA